UACGCCAAAUUUUUUUCAUUUGCGAAAGUCAACAAGAAUUUGAAGCAAUUUCCACUUAUUUUGGGUGUUUUCCUGUUUUCUUAAUUUUUUUCUAGCGUAGUUAUUCAAUUGUAUCGAUUCUCUUAUUACUCAUCUUACAAAAAAGUGAUCUCUGUGAAGUAUAAUCUACGCAAGUUUCUGAGUAUAAAUUUUUUAUCAAAAUUGACAGGUCAAAAAUCCUCUAUUAGUGAUAUUAUCAUUAGAUACACACGAACGAACGCUAUCGCCGCAUUAUUCAUAGCUAUCGAUUAAAUUUAAACAACUCGAAAUUGGUUGCAGGAUUGAAGCUCGAAGAAAUGGCUUACUCAAGUCAUCUUAUAUACAAUGGUUAAAUCAGUCCGUGUUUGCGUCAAAUCUGACGUAAAUACAACGAAUUCAUGAGUCUGUGCGUGUUCCUGAAACUGUCUAUAUACUCGUGCUUGUGAUAAAGCUCGUCAAAAUGAACGAAACGUUUAAUCCGGAGGAUAGAUCAAGUUGGUACGUUGGCGCAAUGUCCAGAGACGAAGCAACGGAUAUAUUAAAUAAUGAAAGAGAAGGCGGAGUGUUCCUAGUCAGAGAUAGUUCUAGCAUUCGCGGUGAUUACGUUCUAUGUGUCAAAGAAGAUUGUAAAGUUAGUCAUUACAUCAUAAAUAGAGUACCUAAAGAUAACCAGAUCAGGUACCGCAUCGGAGAUCAGUUCUUCGACGAUCUUCCUUCGUUGAUCAAAUUUUAUAAAUUACAUUAUUUAAAUACAACUCCGUUAAUUAGACCAGCUCUAAGAACAUCGCAAACAGUAAUCGCUAAGUAUGAUUUUAAUGGCAAUGAUCCGGAUGAUUUACCCUUCAGGAAAGGUGACGUACUGACCAUUGUGUCCAAAGACGAAGAACAAUGGUGGACAGCUAAAAAUAGUCAAGGAAAAACAGGAUCUAUUCCAGUUCCUUACGUACAAAGAUACGAAGGUCCAAUGCAAGUAGCCGAACUAAGAGAAACUACCAUCCAAACAGCACCAGUUAUUCCUGUAUCAGAAAAUACUACCAAAAAAACCACUCUUCAGAAAAAAUUACCAGCGUUUGCUCGAGUGAAACAACCGCGCGUACCAAACGCAUACGAUAAGACCGCUUUAAAACUGGAUGUAGGUGACAUAAUAAAAGUAACUAAAACAAAUAUCAACGGUCAAUGGGAAGGCGAACUCAACGGUAAAGUAGGUCAUUUUCCAUUCACGCACGUUGAAUUUUUGAAUUCCGAUUCCAAUGAAGGAGAAGAAGAAAUUUGAAAAUCGUCGACGUAUGUCGCUCUAUCCAGCUUACAAAAAAAUUCACUUUUUCCUAUCGUUGUUAACUGGUUUAUGCCUAUAUAAAUAUGUAGAUAAUUACUACUCUUUCCCCCCUUCCCCAUCAGUAUGUAAUUAUCGACUCGAAAAACUGGUUUAACAAUCACAAUGAUAACAUAAAUCUUUAUUACAUGAGUGAGUAUAUAAGAUUGUAUAUAAUGAGACAAAACCAUAUUUAUUUAUUAAUUUUCUCCUCGCGUAGUAAGUUGCAAUCGAGGUUGUAUAAAUCAGCUGAUUCGGUUAAUGGCGAAUUUUCAGCAGUCUUUGCUGGAAGGGGCUGUGAUCGGUACAUUUAUAAAUCCGAUUAAGUCUGGUAAUCUGGAGAUUAUUUUUUCAAGAUUUUUUUUUCUCAAUGAACAAAUUUUCAGGUGCGUUUUUUCUCGUUCGUAAACGUAAAUACUCAUCUUGACGAUGAAGACAAAAAGGUGGAUGAAUUUCAAUAUUUAUAUUUGUUUAAUUACGUAGUAGAUUUUAUUUUAAAUGUAAGUAAUUCGGUUAUGAUCGUAAUUUUUUUCUACGUGACGUAUUUAAUUGGACUGGUACCAAAUUCGCGUUUGAAAAUAUCUUCAAGUCGAAUAAUUUCGUCGUAUGGUUAAUCCAGGGUGUCUAACAGGUACUGCAGGUACUGCAAGUACUGUAAAAGUACUGCAUUGAAAUCCUCGGUACUGCAAGUACUGUAAAGUACUGCAUUUUGCCUGAAAAGUACUGCAUUUUUUCUCAAACUCAUUUCAGUUUUUGGUGAAAAUUGUGCUUAAAAUGGUUAAAAACCACUAUUUUUCAAACAAAAUUCCACAAAAUUUUUUUUCGCCCUCACUUUGCUCGGGCAAUAUUUUGGUUUUCUUUUCAUAUUUCUCAAUUUUAAAAAAACUCAUAAAAAUCACAUUAUGUUUGGUCAGUUUUCAUCUAUGUAUACCUUUUAAUUUUUCCAACGGACCACCUACCCAAAGUUGUCAAAUUAUAAAAAGUCAGCAAAUUUGCCCAAAUGUGCUGAUCGUGUUGGGACUCGUCAAUGUCAAUAAAUUUUGAAAAUUUUUAGUCUUAAUAAAGAGGUUUAAUUACCAACUUUUGUGAGACUUGAAUAGUACAUUUUAAGAAUUUUUCGCCCUCGCUUCGCUCGGGCUGACGAAUGCGGUUUCUCUUUUUCUGAAUUUCUAGGUCUAUUGGUUUUUUUUUUUUACAAAAUCAAACUUUCUAAAAAUCCAUCAUUCAAACUCAAAAAGAUGUUUGAAACAAAAAUAAACUCCUCACAUGAAAAAAAUUUUUUUUUAUUGCUCGAAAUACGAAAAUUUUGAGAGCUUAUGCCCUUACUUCGUUCGGGCUUUUUUUGCUUUUCUUUUUUGGAACUGAAAUUUAUUAAAAAAAAUUGUUCAAAUUCUGAAAUUUUUAAGCCAAAAAAAAUCAAUCUCUUCCUAUAAAAAACCGUGUUCUUUCAUUUAUCAAAACAGGAAUUUUCAACUUGUUUACUUUUAUGGUUAUUAUUUUAUUUUUUUUCAAAAUGAUAAAGUUUUUAUGUUUAAGGCCUCUAAAAAUUGAAAAAUGAAAACGAUUUUUUUUCAGUCAUGAUAGGCUAUGAAUAUAUACCCUUAUUACAAAUUAUAAAAUUCAACUUAUUCGGAUUUCUUCAUAAUUUUAGCGUUUGAAAUUUCAAGUUUUUGCUGCCAAGUAGCAAAUUAGUGUUUGAAAACUCCUGAAAAAAUGGAAUUCUUUUUAAAAAAAAUUUUGGAACCUCAAGAUAUGAAAGCUGAAACUGAAUACUGAAAACUGAAAACAAACUGAAAUUAACAAGUUUUUCCAUGUAAACUAAAAAAUUACUGCUUAAUUCCAACUGUUUCAAAAAGAUUUUUUUUGGGGGGGGGGGGGGUCGGUGUAAGCUGGAUUAAAAAAACAAGGUACUGCAAAAAGUACUGCAAAAAGUACUGCAAAAGUACUGCAUUUCUUCCGAGAAAUUUUGUUAGCAACCCUGGUUAAUCUCAGGUUGUUUGCUUUUCCUUUUUUCUAACGCGUCUGUGUUUUACUGAUGUUUGUGAAUAAUUCACAUCGUCAGAAGAAUUAGAAAAAUGAAAAUUAGUCGUGGAAUCGAAUAUUGCUGUAGGUAGUUAUUUCAUGACAUUAUAAUUUCAUCGAGGAAUAUAAACGUGAAAAUUCAUCUUUUUAAACAUUGGUUGUUGGUUACUUACUUUUAUGUUUUGUUAUUGAAAAAUUAUUUGAUUUUUUAAAAAUAUCAGUUUCAAUAACAUCGAAAUUUAAUUUCUUAAUUCUAGGGGUUAUGGUGCCUUUCUGGGUAGAAUCCAAUAAUGGAGCUUAGAAGCACGAUAAUUUAUAAAAUUAUCAUGUUUUUCAAUUUUCGUAGCAGAAAGAGCUCUAAAGUUGACCUAACUGACGAAAAAGCAUGAAAAUUAAAACAUGAAUUUUCAAAAAAUUCCAUGUCAUGGUUGUAAUACAAAAUUUACUUUUUAAAUUAAUUAUUAUGUCACUGGAACAUUCCGGGAGUGAAUUCUUACAUUUUUUUUUCUAAUUCAACUCCGAAAAAAGGAUUAGUAACGUCGUAUCAACAUACUUUAGCCUUUUAGUAAUUUAAUUCGCGACCAAAGUUACAAUUUACCAAAUAAUUGUACCCUCCUAUUAGCUAUUCAUUUCUUCGAGUACCUAUUUAAAAAAGACAUUAGUAUCAUUUUUAUGUAAAUAAUUGUACAGAUAAACAAUCUUGUACGUAUGUGAAUUGUAUACAGCUUUAUUAUUUGUUUUUUGUUUUUGUUUAAAAUCAACAAUAGAACACCAUCCGAUAACUAUAUAGUUUAUGACAAGAGAUGGAAGACUUUGGACUCGAGUGAUUUUUGAUUUUUUUUUUGUACUUUUGUAUCGUUUAGAAAAUAUAAUAAGAAUAGCAUUGUAUUAUUCUUCGUACAAGAGAAAUGAUCGAAUUUCGGCGUGUACUUAUAAUAUUGAAUGUCUUUCCAUAAUUUGUAUAAUUUUUCUAUCAAAAAUCGAGCUGAUGUGAUCAAAUUUUACUGAAAUCAGAAGACAACGAAUAAACUAAGAGCUUAGUUAUCGUAUGAUAAUUUUAUAAACAAUCAAUAUAGAUGUAAUGUGUAUUUAAUUUGAAUACAAUUUUUUACACGAUA